AUGGCUUCAAGAAGAAUUUGUUUAUGGCUUGUAUUUAUGAUUAUUACAAACUCGGUUGGAGAAGAUACACGAUCAGUUCUAAUGUCUUUAAUCACUGAUUCGAAAUUUCAAUGUUUGAAUGCAACUUGUUUACCAUUCGCAAAUAUCAUUACGUCGAAUAUUAUGAAGUGUCAAAUGGCUUGUUUAGCCCGAACGUAUUGUAGAGCAGCCAGUUUUCAUCAAUCUACUUUUAAUUGUGAAUUAUUUACUGAUAUGUCAAAUGAAAUAGCAAAUAUGUUGACUGAUACCGACAUUACUACUAUGAUUGUUAUUACUGGAACACGAUCUCCACCUGGUUAUGCACUUAUAUUUAUAGUAGAUAUAAUAGUUAGAGAAAAAAACCGACUACGACAACAACAGCAACAACAACAACGUCAACAAGUACAACAACAUCAACAUCCACAACAACUUCAACAAGCACAACAUCAACAACUACCACAACAACAUCAACAACAACUUCAACAACAACUACCACCACAACGUCAACAACAACAUCAGCAACAACGUCAACAACGUCAUCAACAACUACCACCACAACGUUAA